AUGGACAGUGCCAAAACAAGCCAAGGAAAGAAUGAUGAGGACUCUCGGACCAUUUCUGGUGAUAGCAUACGAUCCCGAAGCUCAACACUUUGCCCCUCCGAGGACAAACCUAUACGAUUUGAGCGGACGUCAGUCACGACGGUGGUGAACGAUGAGCCUCAGGAGUUGUUCAUUGAAACAUGGGUUGAUAUCCCAAGGAAGCUACAAUUUGGACCUCCGGCUGAAUCAAGUAAUUUUGAGCUCUCAAUCUUUAGCGCGGUUGAUUUUGAGGUGGAAGAUAAGACUGUAAUAAUUUGUUGGACACAACAGCAUGUUUUACGACAUCCCAUUGACAUGAAGGAAGUGUCACAAGACCAUUUAAAGCCUUUUGUUACAACUCUCACCCAUGAGGGUUUGGACAGCAAAGACUCUCGAAAUGUGAUCCAGGCCCUUGAGGUAAUGCAUUGCCGUAUAGCAGGAAUCUACAUAGGACAUCACCAGCAUUGGUUACCGACCUGGGGACCUAUUUGGCAAAAACAAAUCGAUCAACCUUUGCCAGUGCCUGAAUCCGACUCUUGGUCCCGCAAUCUUCUCUCCAAGGAAAGUUCAGGCAGGAACAAACUAUUGGACAGACUGAGGGGGGCAUUUGGAGGAGACCUUGCUACGGCUGUAGAAUCACAUUUGCCUGGUCUCUGGUUCAACCUCAAAACACCUAGAAAAUUCAAAACGUAG